AUGACAUGCUGCCCUUGGUGGGUUUGUGUGUACAUUGUGAAGGGAUUCAAGGCAGCAGCUUGGCUGAUCGGAGAUGACGUUGGUGAGAGUGCUGUUGCGUUUGUGUUUGGAAGAAGAACUGCCCGGCCCCAGGCUGCUGGAACCUGGUUGGGCUCGGGGAGGCGGCGGUGGCAGGAGAGAGAGGAGUCGGGGAUCGGAUGCGUUCUCUCCUUCUCUUCAACAUGGGGUCCUGAAGCGGAACCACCCCAAUCUAAGGAUACGCUGGAAUCACAACCGCAGCAAUUUCGCCAAUACUGGUUGCUCACGGUUUCGAGAUGCACUCCUGGGGAGGUGGAGAUCGGGAGAGCGAUCGAGAGUCGAACGAUACGGCGGGCGUCGGGCGACCGAGACACAAGAGGACGGACGACGAAAGUCUGUUGA